UUUUUAAAUUACACUAUAGAUCUAGACCUAAAUUGUAUUCAAAAUCGCGAUUUAAAGCUAGAUCUAGGUUUUACUUUUUAGAUAGUUACAUUUCACCAAGAUGGCUGACAAGAAAAUGGAGGUGGAUGAAAAUAACCACCAAGGUAUAAAACAAUAUUACAUCAGUAAAAUUGAAGAGCUUCAGUUGGUUGUCACAGAAAGAACACAAAAUUUAAGAAGAUUAGAGGCUCAAAGAAAUGAGCUUAAUGCUAAAGGUCUGUAUAAGUCAGUUACUAUACUAUUUACUCUCUCAUUUUUAAACAGGAUGAUUCAAACAUUUUUUAUUUUAAAAUCUAAUUUUGUUCUUUGUUAUAUAGUGCGAAUGCUGAGAGAGGAGCUUCAACUUCUACAAGAACAAGGUUCUUAUGUUGGAGAGGUUGUUAAGCCGAUGGACAAAAAGAAAGUACUUGUAAAGGUUCAUCCAGAAGGAAAGUUUGUAGUAGAUAUAGACAAGAACAUAGAUAUGAAUCAAGUUACUCCUAAUUGUCGUGUGGCACUUCGCAAUGAUAGCUAUGUUCUGCAUAAAAUUCUCCCAAACAAGGUGGAUCCUUUGGUAAGUUUGAUGAUGGUGGAGAAAGUUCCAGAUUCAACCUAUGAAAUGGUGGGUGGUUUGGAUAAACAGAUCAAGGAAAUCAAAGAAGUCAUUGAGCUACCUGUUAAACAUCCUGAGUUGUUUGAAGCUCUUGGAAUAGCUCAGCCUAAGGGUGUAUUACUUUAUGGCCCUCCUGGUACUGGAAAAACUUUACUUGCUCGUGCUGUUGCCCACCAUACAGAAUGUACAUUUAUACGUGUCUCUGGUUCUGAACUUGUUCAAAAAUUUAUUGGUGAAGGUUCAAGAAUGGUUAGAGAACUUUUUGUUAUGGCCAGAGAGCAUGCUCCAUCAAUCAUUUUUAUGGAUGAAAUAGAUUCCAUUGGAUCUUCAAGACUUGAAAGUGGAUCUGGUGGUGAUAGUGAAGUGCAAAGAACUAUGUUAGAAUUGUUAAACCAGUUGGAUGGUUUCGAACCCAAGCAAAACAUUAAGGUCAUCAUGGCAACAAACAGAAUAGAUAUUCUGGACUCAGCCUUACUCCGUCCAGGAAGAAUAGACAGAAAAAUUGAAUUCCCCCCACCUAAUGAAGAGGCUCGUCUUGAUAUUUUGAAAAUUCAUUCUCGUAAAAUGAACUUGACAAGAGGUAUUAAUCUGCGUAAAAUAGCAGAAAUGAUGCCAGGAGCUUCUGGGGCUGAAGUCAAGGGAGUCUGUACAGAAGCAGGAAUGUAUGCACUCAGGGAGCGCAGGGUUCAUGUAACACAAGAAGACUUUGAGUUAGCUGUUGCAAAGAUUAUGGUGAAGGAUUCUGAAAAGAACAUCUCUAUCAAGAAACAAUGGAAAUAAAAAUGUUUGUUUUACAAACAACUUUUUGUUCAGAAUGUUUUGACAUGCACCAAAUUAAGAUAGCUUUGUUUAUUAAAAUACUGCAGGCUUAAUAA